AUGACUGCUAUGAAUUUCCUAUAUUUUUCUCUCGUCACAUCUUCAAGGGAGGGAAUCUCCCACUUGAGGCAGUCUAGCGAUGCCUUUAUCUUUCAAUGGAUUUCAUCAAACAAGGGCUGCAACGCAGUAUUUGUAAUUGAAAUAAUGUAUUGCUGCACAUACAUCCUAAGUAUGAAUUGA